GAAACACGGAUAAUUAUGUUGCAUCUCCAUUGAGCGUAUUGGUCCUGCUAUCUGCUCUCCUCACCUCGAAGGGCCCUGAGGGUGAGACCGCGAAGGAGAUCUGUGAGGCAAUUGUUGGGGUGGAGAAGAGGGAAACCUGCAGUAACUUGAACUAUCCAAACAUUGAACAAAUGCUUGGCAGAAUUCGAACAGGUGUUGCAGACUCCAGAACAGAAGGUGGUGAUAAGAUAUUAUCACUUUCAAAUGCCAUUUUCCUACAGAAAGGUCUCCAUGUUCAUCCAAAUUUCUUGACGGGCUUCACCAGAACCGGCAUAAAUCACGUGGAAGAGACAUUGUUUAACACAUCAGAAGCGUUUGAAAAGAUUAAUGAAUGGGCACGUUCUUCCACGGACGGUCUUAUCGAGCGAUUUUUAAGGUCGAAAGACGAAUUAAGCUCCGACACCCUCAUGAUCCUUUUGAACGCCAUAGCUUUCAAAGAAAAUUGGGCAAAAACUUUUAUGGUGGAGAGGACGAUGAAACGCAAUUUCUACCUCAAGGAAGAUGCCUUCGUAGAGGUCCCUAUGAUGCAUUUGGAAUCUCAAAUGGUUUACCUAAAGAAUGAUAAAUAUAGAGUUGUUGCGAAACCGUUUAGAAAUGAUCGCUUCAAGUUCCUCAUCUUCCUACCGAAUAACCGAUUUAAUCUGGACGAAAUUGAGGAUGAUCUG